AUGGCACUGGACAGCAAAAUUAUGAUUUUCAAGCACCAUAUGAGCCAAUCUGAGAAAGCUCGUUUGACAGACAGACGCAGUUUAGAUUUGACGUCUGCCUAUCGCGGGGCACGGGUGGUAGAGUGCCCUAAAAACGCCAUAGAAUUCCGAAAACUGCUGGUAGAAUGUGACCGCCUUGAGCAACUGAAAUGCAAGGCCAAUAGGAAGCUAAAUCACGAUAUGCACCUAGUACAAGUUGCCCAAAACAAAAUGAGGAUGAUGUCAAAAACGGGCGUAUACGAAUAUGGCCGCGAUGACAUAGAUACUGACGUAUACGAUGACAGGUUAGUUGGAAGUCGGUACAAAGCAAACGGGGAGCUCCGCAAUGAUCCUCACGGACUGUACUCGAUUGAUCAAAGUGAGAAAUUUCAUUUAGCUGGCUUUGAAAAUGAAAAGAAAGAAGUAGACAACUCAACCCAAAAAGCGUUCCCUAAGUCAUGUGAUGAAUCAAGCGUUUUUGUCGCACACCCGACUACUGAAAAAGACGGCAGCAACACAUUCAAAGAGGAGCUGCAUGGUUUUUGCAAUGUACAUAAUAAUAAAUCAGAGACAGUCUCAGAUCAUUCAAAAGAAGAAGACGAAGACUCACCGUUNGAAGUAGACAACUCAACCCAAAAAGCGUUCCCUAAGUCAUGUGAUGAAUCAAGCGUUUUUGUCGCACACCCGACUACUGAAAAAGACGGCAGCAACACAUUCAAAGAGGAGCUGCAUGGUUUUUGCAAUGUACAUAAUAAUAAAUCGGAGACAGUCUCAGAUCAUUCAAAAGAAGAAGACGAAGACUCACCGUUACCUGAAGAUGUAAGAAUAAAAAGAGAUUUGAAAAAGAUACAACAAGAUAUGACAAAAAUUACAAACUAUCUGGAAAGCAUGAGAAAGACGCAGAGACCAUAUUCCAAUAAAAAAUUGUCUUUCCUCCGUGCACAUUCACACGACGACCCAUACAUUCUCCUGUGUCAAAUAGCCAAUGGACAUGAAGACGAAGACCGAUAUGCAUUUGCCCCCGGGAGCACCAACUUUGGUCAUGGUCCAAAAUUGAGCAGCCCGAAAAGAAGAACAAAAAGAAAGGGUUGCUCACACUCCCGAUGCGUCGCGUGUGAGUUCAAACUGAAGUUAGAGUCUGAUACAGGUGGCAGAUUCGACAAAACUGCUUCUGAACGAAAAGACGGUCCUGUGUGGCACACGGGUCCAAGUGGUACGUUUCUGGGAUCUCCACAAAGUGAAUACACACUGAAAACAAAGGCCUUUGAGAAACUACACAAAAGCAAUAAAGAGCAGAUUGGCAAGCCCAAAGGUAUACAAGCUAGGUCGGGUGAUUUAUCUAAGACAAAAAACAAAAGUACACCAAGAGUUGCAUGGGAGAAAGAUCUAACAAAGGACAAGAAUAAUGGUAGCCAAUGUAUUGUAGAGGAACGAAAGGAAGUAUCAGUUGGCAUCGAAAGAGAACCCAGUCAACCAAAUGUUCAAGCAGCAUCAGUUCCAAAUAUUCGCCCUUUCCAAUUUGACGACACCCUACCCUCAUCUGAUAUAGAGUUAGUCUCAAAAUCAGUUCCUUCAAUGAAAACAAAGUCACCACGACACAAGCCUUCUCGAAAAAGCGCGGAUAGUCGAAAUAGUCCGAGAUCUCUUCAAGCAAAAGACACUGAAAGUAUGUUUUGGAAUAUGAUGGACAGAGCUACUGUCAGUGGCCAGCAUUUGGCAGGGGAAGGAAGACGUAGUUCUGUACCUUUCAGUACUGUGGUAUCACCAGUUAAGCCCAGUUAUGCAUGGCGCCGUCGAUCAGCGAAUCUAGCCCGAGAGAGAAAAAGAUCGAUUCUGAGAGAACAAUUGAAAGCUACUUCUAUAAUUUGCAAAAGCCGAGUGGAUGCUUUUGUCAAAGAGCUGCAAGAAUUGUCCGAUGCCCGGAAAAGCGAAGAAAGAGAAAACGAAUUGAAGUUGGCCGCAUUCAGAAACAGGAAAAGGGUAGAACUAAAGCAAAAGAAAGAACAGCAGCUCAAGGAACAACAAGAAAAAGAAAAGGAAGAGGCUGAACGAAAGAAAAGAGAAGAGGAAGAACGGCGCAGACAAGCUCAGUCCGCCGGGGAAAGCGUGAGCUUCAGAUACAUGCGCGCAGUGUACGGGGGGUCCGGUAUGUCCCUGCAAACGGCUUUCCAGAGACUUCGGGAGCUUAAGCAUUCUAGAUACUGA